AGCUGGCCGGGGGUGGGGGGGACACGCAGUCCCCGAGCUGGGGCAGUCAGUCUGCGGGGCACCGCAUCGCAUGGAAAGUUGCUGCAGGCUCCGAGGCGCCGCCUCCGCCGUCCGGAGUCCAGUUUGUGCGGCCGCUGCUUCUUGAGCUCCUUCCGCCGCCUCCUCCGGGCCCCACUACCGCCUCUCGGACCCCAGCCGCGACCGAGGAGGUGAGCAGCCUCGACCGCCACGGACCUCUGGAAUUGAGUCGCCGCCGGCGAGCUCCUCGCUCGCCGUCCCCUCACUCUUCUGGAAAGGCUGGGGUUGGAAAGAAGAAGGCUAACCCGAAGAAAGAAAGAAGGGGACCAAAAGGGGGAAGCCAACGUUCCUCACCGGCUAGCUGUCCAUUAACGGCUCAAGCCACCACGCGGCGGAAAGUUCAGGGCGGACUUGCACCCAUUUUACGCCCGGUUUGUGCCAGACCCUAAAAUGAAAGGACAAAAUUUGGCACUGACUCUUGCAGCUCUGAUGGCGACUUGUGCGAUUUCCGCGGCAUCUCCCGGAGAAAAAGCCAUGCGUGCCUGAUUGUUCUGUGGCCCCAAAAGCUGCUGCUGCUGCUGCGUGUGUGUAUGUGUGUGUGUGUGUUUGCGCGUGUGCGCGCGUGUUUGUGUGUGUGUGUGUCUGUGUUUGGGUGUGUGUCUGUGUGUACAUAGACGUCCACUAGCUAACUCAGCUGCAGGAACAGCCCCUGGAAGCAGACGUUUCGGCCACAGACCCAGAGAGGAGGAGCUGACGAUCAGGAGGCGUGAGCCGCCAAGAGUCUGCAGAAUUCGUGGUGUGAAUGAACUGGGGGCACCUUGGGCACAGGGAUCGCCCCCCCUUCCCGCCUCGGGCCACAGUUGAGUAGUGGGGCAUUUUUUUCACCCUCUUGUGAAGAAUUUUUUUUAUUAUUUGUUGUAAAGUCUUUUGCACAAUCACGCCCACAUUUGGGGUUGGAAAGCCCUAAUUACCGCCGUCGCUGAUGGACGUUAGAGAGGGAGCGCCUAGCCGCGGAACAGUCGCCUGCGCGCCCUCGUCGGACCCGCGGCUCCUGCACCGUGUACCGGCUCGGCCCUGCGCUUGCUGCUUGCCCGCGCGCUGCGCCCUCUCGGUUCCCGGACGCAUCUCCAGGCUAUACCAGCUCGGCAGCCUGAGCCCGGGCGCCAGUGCUGGCUUCUGCUUCGGGUCGCUGCGCCCACCCGACGCGCCCAGGAGGACUCCACAGCUCUGCUCUGGUUCGUCCCCCUAGGCUUAACCCGGCGUCUUCGCUUGGAUUCCUAGGCCGCCUUCGCUCGGGUGGCGACUUCCUCCCCGCGCCCCCUCCCCCUCGCCAUGAAGAAGUCCAUUGGAAUAUUAAGCCCGGGAGUGGCUUUGGGGACGGCUGGAGGUGCAAUGUCUUCCAAGUUCUUCCUAAUGGCUUUGGCCACAUUUUUCUCCUUCGCCCAGGUUGUAAUAGAAGCUAAUUCUUGGUGGUCUCUAGGUAUGAAUAACCCUGUUCAGAUGUCAGAGGUAUAUAUCAUAGGUGCACAGCCUCUCUGCAGCCAGCUGGCGGGACUUUCUCAAGGACAGAAGAAACUCUGCCACUUGUAUCAGGAUCACAUGCAGUACAUCGGGGAAGGCGCGAAGACAGGCAUCAAAGAAUGCCAGUACCAGUUUCGGCAUCGGAGAUGGAACUGCAGCACAGUGGACAACACCUCUGUCUUUGGCAGGGUGAUGCAGAUAGGCAGCCGAGAGACCGCCUUCACGUAUGCGGUGAGCGCAGCUGGGGUGGUGAAUGCCAUGAGCCGUGCAUGCCGCGAGGGCGAGCUGUCCACCUGUGGCUGCAGUCGUGCUGCGCGCCCUAAGGACCUGCCUCGGGACUGGCUGUGGGGCGGCUGUGGAGACAACAUCGACUAUGGCUACCGCUUUGCCAAGGAAUUCGUGGAUGCACGAGAACGGGAGCGAAUCCAUGCCAAGGGCUCCUAUGAGAGCGCGCGCAUCCUCAUGAACCUGCACAACAAUGAAGCAGGCCGCAGGACCGUGUACAACCUGGCAGAUGUGGCCUGCAAGUGCCACGGAGUGUCUGGCUCAUGUAGUCUCAAGACAUGUUGGCUGCAGCUGGCGGACUUCCGAAAGGUGGGCGAUGCCCUCAAGGAGAAGUAUGACAGCGCCGCUGCCAUGAGGCUCAACAGCCGGGGCAAGCUGGUCCAGGUCAACAGCCGCUUCAACUCCCCGACCACGCAGGACCUGGUCUAUAUCGACCCAAGCCCGGACUACUGUGUGCGCAAUGAGAGCACAGGCUCGCUGGGCACACAAGGCCGCCUGUGCAACAAGACCUCAGAGGGCAUGGACGGCUGCGAGCUCAUGUGCUGUGGCCGUGGCUAUGACCAGUUCAAGACAGUGCAGACUGAACGCUGUCAUUGCAAGUUUCACUGGUGCUGCUAUGUCAAGUGUAAGAAGUGCACGGAGAUUGUGGAUCAGUUCGUUUGCAAAUAGUGGUGUGCCUGCCCAUCCCUCAGCCCGUUCCCAGGACCCACUUAUUUAUAGAACGUACAGUGAUUCUGGUUCUUUUUAUUUUCCCCCAGGAACUGCAGCUGGAACCAUAUUCUUUUCUGUUACCAUCUAAGAACUCUGUGGUUUAUUAUUAAUAUUGUAAUUAAUAUUUGGCAAUAGCGGGGGGGGGAACCAAGAAAAAUAUUUAUUUUACGAAUCUUUGCAAAGUUAGUACAAAAUUUCUUUCUUCUGAUGCUACAGGAUAAAGGGGAAAUAACACAUAUUCUGACUUAGCUGCAUGGUUUGGGUUCACAUCUAGAAGGUAUAGGAACUAUUUUCUUCUCAAAUAUGGAGUUCUAUGGGAUGGGUGAUACCCUAGUGAAAGAGGUUGGUGCAGACCUAUGAAUGACUCAGUUCCUAUGGUCAAAAUGAAUUGUAGAUGCUCUGCUACAAGACAAAAGAGCUUAAAUCUAGAUACAGUAAAUACACACACACACACACACACACACCACACACCAAAAAAUACAGACUAUGAGACACUCCCCCUUCCAGAGGUUAGCAGCCUGCUUUUUGUAUUUUCAGAAUGAUCUCUUAGAAUGUAAGAACAAGAAUCUCCCAUCUUCCUAAACAGGCAUAUCAUGUUUUUUAUUGUAGCCCACCUACAGAUACUCCGUUUACGGAUAUGCCUUUUUCUAACAGUUCAUGAAACUUGGGGAGCUGGUAGGCUGCAGGGGCAGGAUGUCCCCAGAAAUUAGAAAACUUGAAAUUUCCUACAUUGAGGCCACAUCUAAUUCUAAAUACCGGACUUUAUGUCUGGGAAGGAAUUUUUACUCAAAAACUGUCUCAAUUUGGAAGCCAUCUUACUGUCUUAAAGAUGAAAAUUACCCAUGAAUUCCAUUUGCAGACCCUCUACCCAGACAACAAAGAAAUCACAUGUAGUUGAGCACUGCAGAAGGACAGAAUACCUCUUUGAGGAGAAACUGGCAGCCACUUUCCUAGUUGACCCCACACUCUCUCUAGACUCUGUGCCCUUAUGGGAUGGGAUGCUGGCCAUGCUUGAAGUGGUGACUCCCGUGGAUGCUCAUGGCUUGGUGGGCAGGAAAUGCACGUGAAGAGUUAUGCUCAAAACAGCUACUUGGGGAUUGCGUCUUUCUCUAAUAGCUUUUCUUUGGAAGUACAGUAACUUCCUGGGUUUUGCUGAUAUUACUCGGCCCAAGGAGUCCACAGAGAUGUUGCAACCAUUAUAAUCCUGUGUUUAGACUAUCCGUUUGUGCUUUUCCUGUCAUCCUGCAGGUGGACGCUUAACUGUUCCUAGUGUACUUGAACAGUUGCAUUUAUAAGGGGGGAGGGAGUGGUUUAAUGGUGCCUGAUAUCUCAGUCUUUUGUACAUAACAUAUAUAUAAAUAUACAUAUAUAAAUAUAGAUAUAAUUAUAUCUCAGUGCAGUCCGUGGUUUAGAUUUACAGUUUGCUCUGGGCUUACACUCUGCCUGGAGUAUUGCCCUUCAUUGAAGUGCAACUGGGACUUCUUUUUUCCAAAAUUUUGAGUCUUGAUAUUGGCAUGUGACUCUCUGGGAUCCUACCAUGAACACCAGGAAGCAAGCUAGACUCUGAAGAAGCCUUCAGGGCUGGUGUCCUGAAAUAUAUGUUAGUUAGAAGGUGGCCCUUCUCCUUCCUGCCCACCCUCAGUUCUCCACCCUCUCUUUGGUAUCCUGUGCGGGGAGGGCAUUGUCGGCUCGUCACAGCUGUGGACCUUGAGAGGCGCUAGAGCCCAGGAGCACCCACCUCGUCUCCAUUUGCUUAGCUCAUUUCUCAGUGAGGACUUGUUCUUGUCCUGUCUGACAGGACUGACCUGAGUCCCUGAAGCAAAUCAGCUCACUGCAGAGUUAGCUAGUUUAAACAGUGUUUUAAAAUGAGGGCACCUCUAUUUCCAAAGUGGCAUCUGCUGUGUUGUUGUAGGGCCUGAUGCUGUUUUUCAAGGUAUGAAAAGAUGUAUGUCUCCCUUCGUUGGCUUGGUGGCCUUCUGGUCACCUCAGCCCCAUGGCUCUUAACUUAUUGCCCCCAAAUAUUCAUUUCCCCUCAGCCACAGUGAAUCACAAACGAAAGAUCUUGAAAUGAAAAAGCACUAAUUUAGUUUAAAAUGUCACUUUUUUGGUUUUUAUUCUACAAAAACCACGAAGUACGCUCUUUAUGUUUGCUAACUAGGUCAUGUUCUUUUUAGUGACUCAUGUUCAUGAGCAGAGUGGAGUUUAACAAUCCUAGCUUUAAAAAAAACUAUUUAAUGUAAGAUAUUCUACGCGUCAAUCAGAUAUUUUGUAUAUCCUCUAUGGCCUUUAUUCUGUACUUUUAAUGUACAUAUUUCUGCCUUGUGUGAUUUGUAUAUUUCACUGGUUUAAAGAAACAUUGAAAGGCUUAUGCCAAUGGAAGAUAGAAUAUAAAAUAAAUUGUUACUUGUAUAUUGGUAA